CUCUCCCUUGAGGGGGCCGCCAAGUCCGGCUCCACUCGCCCACCAGAGGCCCCUCCCAGCUGUCAUAGCAGCUGAAGAGCAGUAAAAGUUCCCUGGUCCGUCUUUCAAAUAUUGUCGCCCGGAAACAGCUUCCCUCGGCGCUACUUCCCGCGUUCCGCUCCCUUCUGUAAACUGGUCUCUACGCGAAAGGCUCUCUUGCUUUCUGUUCUUGCGAGCUUUCCGACCAUCUGCGCAUGCAGAGCUCGGGUUUCUGGUCUGUCAACCUAAGACAAGGACUUCCGGCCUGAAAAUUGGAAUUGGCUUUGAGGUGGUUGACGUUAGGCUGAAGAUGGAAGAGCUUGAAGGUUACUAUUUCUCGGCAGCCCUAAGCUGCACUUUCUUGGUCUCUUGCUUCCUGUUCUCCCUCAUAAACAGGGCGCUCCGAGAGCCCUACAUGGACGAGAUUUUCCAUUUACCACAGGCCCAGCGGUUCUGUUGGGGCUCCUUCCAGUGGGAUCCCAUGAUCACUACACUACCUGGUUUAUACCUGGUAUCUGUUGGAAUUGUAAAACCUGCCACUUGGAUCAUUGGAUGGUCUCAACAUGUAGUCUGCUCCAUGGGAAUGCUCAGAUUUGUUAAUCUGCUCUUCAGUGUUGGCAACUUCUAUUUACUCUAUUUACUUUUUUGCAAGUUACAACAGAGGAAUAAGGCUGUCUCAGGUAUCCAGAGAAUUUUGUCAGCUUUAACAGUGGCAGUUUUUCCUACGCUCUAUUUUUUUAACUUCCUCUAUUAUACAGACACAGGAUCAAUGUUUUUCAUUCUUUUUGCCUAUUUGAUGUGCCUUUAUGGUAAUCAUAAAACUUCAGCUCUACUUGGAUUUUGUGGCUUCAUGUUUCGCCAGACAAAUAUUGUUUGGACGCUUUUCUGUGCAGGAAAUAUUAUUUCAGAAAAGUUAACAGAGGCUUGGAAGAUUGAGCUACAAAAGAAGGAAGCUAAACUUUCAUCCAUCAAAGGACCACUUUCAGCAUGUAAGAAGAUACUGUGCUUUCUUUUUGAUUAUGCCAUGUCAUUUAGGAACUUGACUAUGCUUAUUGUUUCAACAUGGCCUUAUAUCAUUUUAAUAAUUAUAUUUAUUGCUUUUGUAAUUUUAAAUGGUGGAAUAGUUGUUGGUGAUAAGAGUAACCAUGAAGCCUGUAUGAAUUUUCCUCAGCUGUUCUACUUUUUUUCUUUUACUCUGUUUUUUUCCUUCCCUCAUCUGCUGUCCCCUGCAAAAAUUAAAACUUUUCUUCACUCAGCAUGGAGAAACUGGGGGCAGUUUGUUGUACUUACAACUGUCUCCUUAUUUUUAGUCUGGAAAUUCACUUAUGUUCAUAAGUAUUUGCUUGCAGACAACAGACAUUAUACAUUCUAUGUAUGGAAAAGAAUCUUCCAGAGGCAUGACUUUGUAAAAUACUUACUAGUUCCAUGCUAUUUGUUCGCUGGUUGGAGUAUUGCUGAUUCAUUGAAAUCCAAAUCCAUUUUCUGGAACAUUAUGUUUUUCAUAUGCUUAUUUACAGUCACAGUUCCUCAAAAACUUCUUGAGUUUCGUUACUUUAUAUUGCCUUAUAUCAUCUAUAGGCUUAACCUUCCUAUGCCAUCCCUGCCCAAGCUCCUUUGUGAACUGGGUUUUUAUAUGAUUAUUAAUUUUGUAACAUUUUAUCUCUUCCUGAACAAGACAUUUCGAUGGCCAAAUAAUGAUAGUAUUCAAAGGUUUAUGUGGUGACCAAAUGAAUAUCCUGCUUCAUGUAAGCAAAUUUAUAUUUGGAACUUUUCCCCAGUGAUGACUGGACUUUGUUUAAUAGCAAGCCAAUUGAUGUUAAUGUAGUUGGAAGCAAUUAGAAAAUCUAAUUUGCUCCACUUGAUGAAAUAUUGAAUUAAUGCAAGUGUUUAAAGCCCUUUUAUUUACAUUAAUGAAUCAAGAAUGUCCAAAAAUUAUGAAAAAGAAUAGAAAAUAAGAAAUGUUUAUAUUUACUUUGACAUAUCUUAGAAAAAAAAACACCUUUCCUAACCAUUAAAAAGACUUAGAAACUUCUCAUAUAUACACUUAAGAAGGAUGAUUAUACCUAAGUGGUCCCAACAGUUGCUUUAUUUUUACAUCCACUAAAAUAGUAAAAGAAAAGAAACCAGAUAUUAGUGUGUGAUUAGACUGUGGAUAGCUUCAGAGGCUUCAGAUAUUUCAGUGUACAGUCAGUGUUAUCCCUGUAGAGAAUUAUAUUAAUUUAGAGAGGUUGGAAAUUAUGUCAAUUUAGGAAUGUUUAAGAAUCAGAUCAUUAUUUAGAGUUUAAUAUAUAUUGAUAGUACAGAUCUUUAACAUAUUCUCAUUUUGAAAAUAAAUGUCAUGACUAAAUUGCAUUGAAUAACGCUUAUUCAAAAGGGGAUGGGAUCAUUGAGAUGCAUUACCAAAGAAGUAUUGGAAUAAAAAAAAGUCUUAAAACCAAUCUCUUUAUAAGACUUUUUAAAAGUACAACAGUUUACUUUCUUGAAUCAUUUAAUUGCAGCUCCCCUAGAUAAAGAAAGAUAUAGACAAGAUGACUUUUUGAGGUUCUUUUGAUUUGGUGAUUAUAUAUUAUAGUAGGAACUUAUAAAGCUCAGUUUUAACUAAUUUAGUUUCUUGUGGGUUUUUUGAUGCAAUGUAUAAAUCCUUUUGCAUUAUUCUUUUAAACCAUUUUCACAUUUUCCAAAAUGAUUUGUGAGUUUUGUUGCAUGGAGAAAUGGCUGUUUUUUUUUUUUAUAACUUGUAUUAUCUUCCUAUGAGAGAGUCUUUUCACUUCCCCUUUCAGUUAACAACUGAGUUUGGAAGAUAUUCUACAUUUGUUACUGCAAAUUUAUUAUUUAUUAUUUUUAAAUAAACAAACUUGAUUUUUCAUUAA